GGUGGGAAGGCAGCUGUGGGCAGGGCCCUGGGAAAUGACGCUGCUGCUGUGGAUGUUGUGAAACCCUAUCCAGCUUUAGCAGAGCCGGGAUUUCGCUCACAGCUGCGGGCAGAUUGCGCUGCCCGUUGAAAUUAGCCAGAGCGGGUCAGUUGUUCCCAGGCAGCAGCCGCGCAGGGGAGCCAGACAAAAAAAAAACAAGCAACGCCCUUAGUCCCUUGCAACUCGGGCUCCAGAGGCUGCCCUGAGAUGGAUGUGGCCGUGGAUCUGUACCUGGCGGUCCCGCUGCUGUUCACAGUCCUGGCUGUGAUCCUGGCUUCGGUCUUUGUGAAGCUGAGAGCGACUGAAGGGGACAAAACUGCCGAGACAGCCAAGGGGGAAGGGUCCCAGGGCAAGGAGGCAACCGAGCAGGGGGAGGAGAGGAAGGAUGGCGAGGGGGAAGGGAAGGAGGGAGAAGCGCUGAAGGAGGAGGGGAUUCCGAGGGGGGAGAAGGACGAGGAAGGAGCGAAGGACGAGGGGAGAAGGAUCCCGGUGGAGGAGAUUGGGGUUGAAGAGGGGAAGGCGAAGAGAGCCGAGGAGAAUGAAGAGCAGCAGACCAAGGAGGAGGCGGUGGCGGUGGCAGCCAGGACUGCAAAAGCAGACAAGCAGAGCCACCCUCAGGAGAUGAACAUCCCCCGCCAGGCUGCUGAGGUGGUGGAGGAAGAAGAGGAGGAGGAGGAGGACGAUGACGACGAGAGCAAGGAGGAAGAUCAAGACUGGGAAAAAGAGAGACUGGUGGUGAAUGAACCAGAUCUGGACGAUGCGGACGAGAAGAUCUCCUUUAAAUACAGCCCCGGAAAGCUGAGGGGGAACCAGUAUAAGACAAUGAUGACCAAAGAAGAACUCGAGGAGGAACAAAGGGUUCAGAGAGAGCAGCUGACUGCCAUCUUCAGGCUCAUGAAGGAAAACAGUGAGACUUUUGGAGAGAUGUCUGAAGGAGAUAUGAAGGAGCAGCUUAAACUUUAUGACAUGUAGGCUCACAGCCACUACAGUCUAUGGCCUGCCUGCUGCCUCAGCCCCUUAUCAUUCGACACUGGAGACUGUAGUGCUAUAAAACUGUCACUAAAUACAUAAUCAGUUUCAUAUUUUGGCUGGUUUGCAAAAAUGUAUAGGCCUCUUUGAAAUAUUUCAAAGACUUGUAAUUUCUGUCCCUUUUUACUGGUUUUCCUAAAGGAGCUAUUGCUGUAUUUUCAUCUCAUGCAGAGAUAUUUCAACUCUUUCUGGCCAGUUUGUAAGAGCUAGACCGUACCACAUGGUGAAAUUUGUAACUGUAUUCUGACUAUGCUUUGUAAGUACGUAUUUCUUCACUCUGAUCCUCCAUCGUCUUGGUGUCUAAAGGAAUCUGAGUAAAGUAAGACCACAGCUGCUGCACACUCUAACAUGGAUAAAAUGGGAGUGUAAUGAGGAGUUCACUUGCCCUUGCAACAAAUCAGCCAGAGACCUCUUCUGAGUGCAAUCACCAGUGCUUUUUAUUUUCAGUGUCAGUUCCUACCACCUUCUGUUUAUAGUCUGCUCCCAACCAGCAACCUGGGGGACAGCUAGUUUCUCCAGCCACCAGGGAUGCACAGGCUUUGGCUUUCCCUCCCCCUUCACUUCCUGCCUGCCUGCCAGCCUUAUAAAGCCCCCUGGCUAAUGAGGCCUGCAGAUGCUUCUUUUCUAGCAAUUUGGCAUGGCCUACUCAGCCAGCCCCAAUGAAUGCUUCUUAAUUGGAGCUGGGCUAACAGGGGCCUGGCUCAGGACCUCCUGGCCAGCAUCCUGUUACAGGGAGGUUACCCUUUUAGGGUAUAUCUGCACUGCAGCUGAGAGUGUGCUUCCCAGUGUGCAUAGACAGACACACACUAGCUUGAGCCAUGGUUAUACAGGUAGCAGCUUGGGCUAGCCACACAAGUACAAUCAUGUUCAACCCUCUCAGUACAUACUCAGGCAGCUAGACUGAGCUACUUGCCUAGGCCACCACAGCCACACUGCUAUUCUUGGUGCACUAGUUCAAGCAGAGCUAGCAUGUGUCUGUCUUCCCACGGUGGAAAAUAUGCUCCCAAAUGCAGCAUAUACACUUAGGCAGGAUCAUGCAUAUUGAUUAUUCAGACAGUAUGGGGCUGAUAUCACAUGAUUCACCGAGUUUUUUUGGCUGGAAACCAGUGAUUCUGAAGGAGGAUAAAGCUACCAGGAACAAUAUGUGAAUAACUUUUGUAAGUACAAAAAGAAGAACAGGAGUACUUGUGGCACCUUAGAGACUAACAAAUUUAUUAGAGCAUAAGCUUUCGUGGACUACAGCCCACUUCUUCGGAUGCAUAUCCGAAGAAGUGGGCUGUACUCCUGUUCUUCUUUUUGCGGAUACAGACUAACACGGCUGCUACUCUGAAACCUGUCAUUUUGUAAGUGCAUUUUUGCUGUCACCCAGACCAAGUAUCUCCUUAUGGGUAUAUACUGCAUCUAUAAUCACCAUCAAAACCUACGUGGAACAGAAUGUUCAGUCGAACUAUAAAAACAACAAGGAGUCUGGUGGCACCUUAAAGACUAACAGAUUUAUUUGGGCAUAAGCUUUUGUGGGUAAAAACCUCACUUCUUCAUGCAAAUAACUUUUCCAUUCCAGUUUGGGAAAUUUCAUUCCCCCCCAAUUUGCUUCUCCAUAAAAGUGUGUUUUUUUCACUGCAUAAUGCAGCAGCAGAAAAUGCCACUUCCAUUAGAAUUUUUGAGUGGAAGCAGGACAGUGGCCAUCUUUGAAAAUGAUCUUUGGUCAGAGGCAAGAGGAUGGGAAGCACAGUGAGAAACUGAUUUACAUCUACGUCAUAGUCCUUUGUGAGACAGAGUGAGGGAGAGCAGGUUUUACAUUUAGUUAAGGUAGAGUGUAGGUGGAGCAUGGGGGUCAGGUCAGUUGAUGUAGCUGAUGGUGGAGGAGAAAGGGCAGAAUGUCCAAAGUUUGGGAAUACUAUUCCUUGGAUGAAAAAUGGGCUUGUAAUGUAAUAUUCAGUGUGGAUCCUAUAUUCAUCCAUGGUCCUGGGCCUCAUGUAAGGAACAGAGCACACUUCAAGAACACAUAUAAAAUGGGGUAUUCGGUCCUGGUGCUGGGUGCCCAGCCAUGCUCUGCCAAGAAAGGAGAGCCACCAACAUAGAUGCCAGCAGGCAGGAACACAUGUUGCAGAUUGUAAGCUUUUUGUGGGAGAAACUGUCUUUGUUCUGUGUUUGUGCAGCCCCUAGCACAAUAGGGCCUGGUCCAUGAUUUGAGCUCCUAGGUGCUAUCAUAAUACAAAUAAUAAUAAUAAUUAAUAAAGGGGCAUCAGCAUCAAGAGGGGCUGAAUUAGUUCUCUCACACUCUGGUUCCCGAUCCCAUUGUUUAUUAAAUAAGUAGCUAAAUCUAAUGCAUUGGUACUUGGAUUAGGAAUCCAUUCCAGUUUCUUAUAUCCUUUAAGGGCAAGUCCCUUCCUCCUCCACACCCUACCCUUUCAAAACAAGUCAAGAUGGUUCCUGCUGAUCCUCUUGAGUGCAUAGGCUCUGCCUAUCAGUCAGCCUGAAGAAAUACCACGUAACUUCAACCAGGUAACAAAACCCAUUGGUAAAUAUACUGCCAAAAGAUGCAUUGAAAUUAUUAAUAGGAAUUACCAUGUCCAAUUUGGAUUAAAUUUUCCUUGAUGCAGAAUGUUUGUGGGAAACUCCAUUUUGGGGAAGCUCUGUGAAUUCACAAAAAAGGGCAUGUUUCAAAUGUGUUUUAUUUCAUGAUAAGUAUUUUGAACAGCUCUGGCCAGACGUUGGCACUUUUAGUUCAUCAAGAAAAUUGUAGUGCAUUCCAUGUAUUUGGUAUGCACCAGUUUCUCUCUUCUUUUAUGAAAUAUUUUAAAUCCCUUGAUAUUAGGGGACAUUUCCUAGUUUAUGCCACUGCUGAUGUCACCCAACAUUCAUUUAACUUCUUCCAGCCCCAUUCUAAGGAAUAAUCGCUUUAAAAACUAAAAUUUCUUUAUAGCCAUUUAGUUUGAAAAACCAUCUCACUAGCAGAACACUUCUUCACCACGUAUACUCCAUAAUACAAUAACAUGUAACUUUUUAAAAACAUCUUGCUUUCUAAUUUUUUUCACUUGGGUGGAGGACUUGCCUGCAGGCAUAUUUACUACAAGAUCAUGCUGGCUUUACCAUGAAAUCAUGGUUUAAUUUGACUUUCAUGUCUGAAAAUCCUGUAGUUUCAGGAUUAUUCCUGUCUUUUUUUGUUUUUUUCCUUUACAUUUGGGCUGCUUCUACACAGGUGGAGUUCUGAAAAUCUCCUAACAAUACACUAUCACUGAUGACAGCAAUGGUAGAAGCACCAGCGUAGACCAUCUGCUGGCAUUUUAACCCCUGUCCUGUCUAACCCUGUUUAGUGGUAGAUGACAUGGGUGGUUAAAAUUCCAGCAGUGGUUGUGUAAUGGUGAAAGAUUCUCAGAAAUUUGCCAGAGCUAACAAGGCCCAAAUGUAAAAAGAAAUGAAGCCAAUUAAUCUACGAUCUCCCUGAACUACGCUAAGAGCAUAAUAGUUAAAGGGAUUGUGGGACUAGAACGCUUUGCCAGUUUAAUGUUCAGUUUCUUAAUGUGUGGGGAAAACAGUGUACUUUCUUAGAAAGCUUUAAUAAAGAUAAGCCUGUUGUACAUCUAUCUGAUAUUAGUUUGUCUUGUAGAAUAGAAACACAAAGUCAUUUUGUGUGCAAGAGUUUGAAGGUACAAAAACUUUAGGGAAAUUCCCUUCUUUAAUAAACUGACUACAAGUUUCCUCUCCACUUCUGAUCCAUCAAAAAGGGUGAGUCUACACUGGGAAAUUUACCAGAAUUACAAUACCAGUAUAAUUAUAGCACUAUAGUUAUACUAGUAUAAUUCCUCAUGUAGACACUGUUAUUAGGAAAAACAAUAGCCCCUUUCUCCUAAGCUAAAUCGGAAAAAAAGCCCACUGUUCUGCCGAAUAAAUGUCCUCACAGGGAGCUAGACUGGUAUAAAUAUAGCAGUAUAAUUAUACCGGUAUAGUAAUGCUGGUAAAUUUUCCUGUUUGGCAAGCCCUCAAAUCCAGAGAUGGGAGUUCAAGGAAUGACAAUUCCCACUUGACAGGCUGUGGGCUCAAUAUUACAUAUUUUUUUCUUUUUAAAUCUACAGGCCACCUUUCAUUUGGUUACUAUUGUUGAAAUGUAUCUGUGUAGGGUAUGACAGGUUAAAGGACACUGUUAACUUAAAUUUUAAAAGAACCAAGAUUCCACUAUUGCAGCCACUUUAGAGAGUGUGCCCCAAUUCUUUUUUAACUAAAUAAAAAAUUAUAUGUUUUUUUCA